AUGGGAACUCAGUUUAUGCCCAUUCAUAUGAAUGCUCUCCAUCUUGCAGAUGUUUCGGCUCAAACAAAAAUUAAGUGUGCUUCUCAAUGUAGUGCUCAUCCGCAAUGCCGCACAUUUAAUUUUGACACAGCUACACAGAUAUGUCAGUUGUUUCAAGGAGAUACAAUUGCGACAGGUUCAACCGUAUCAGCUGUACAAACAUCAAUGUUUGGAUCGGUCAGGUUGAUGGAAACCUUUUUCACUGCAUACAAUAGAUCAUGUGAUCAAUGUGCAGAUAAUCGAUUCCUUCGAUGUGUUAACGAUACCUGUCAGUGCCAGCAGAAUACUUAUUGGAAUGGUUCAUUCUGUUUACCUCAGUUACCACUACCGUGCAUGGAAUGUGAACCGAAUAGAAGCAUGUGCCGAGAGGAUCUUAAUUUGACAUGUCAAUCGUACAGUAAAUGUGAUUAUGCUAAUCAAACUUGUAACAUCACCGAUGCACCUACCACGGAUACGACGACAGAAGUGUACUCGACUUCAACAGUUUCAACUGGAAAAUGGGUGCUCGUAGGUAAUAUGAGCAUUGGUCGGUCGUGUCACACGAGCACUUUGAUUCCAUCGGAAAAUGAUACGGUGAUUAUAGCGGGCGGAAUUUUUACAUCACAAUCGACGGUUAUCGAUAAAUUCGUUUUAAGCAAUUUAUCAAUUUUUGCAUGUGGUGGAAUGUCCACGUUUCGUAAGUACCACGCAGCUGAAUACCUUAACUCUUCUGGUUAUAUUAUUUUCACUGGUGGUGAAAGCAACUCAUCGUUCACGUUGGAGUCUGCUGAACUAUUUAAUCCUAUUUCAUGUACCGUUGUAAGUUCUAACCUCACCAUGACUUCGCCUCGGCAAUGCCAUACAAUUACUACGUUGCCAGUAUCAUCGAAACUAUUUCUCGUUGGAAAUAGGUCUAAAAGUCGCUCGGCAGAACUUUUCGAUCCGAACACGCUUUCAUUUUCAGUUGUUAACAGCACAAUGAAUGUCGAUAGAUAUAUACCUACUAGUACUCUUUUGCCAGGUGUCUUAUCUUCAGAAGAGGGUAUAUUGAUUAGCGGAGGCUUCACGCCGGGAAACCCUAAUACAACUUUUCCAGAGUAUUACAACGCGAGUUUCGGAUAUUUUGUUAUGUCACCGACUAAUAUGGCAGCAUCACGCUCUUACUAUACUGCUACUCUGCUGUCUGAUCCAAGGACAGUACUUAUUUGUGGUGGAUUUGAUCGUUAUGUUAACUAUCUAGAUAGCUGUGAAAUUUAUAAUCAUAUUUCAAAAAAUUUCUCCCUAAUUACUAAUCAUAUGUCUGUCGCACGUAGUUAUCACACAGCCACGCUGCUUCAAGAUGGUAAAGUAUUGAUUGUAGGUGGUUAUGACGGUGGAACAGUAUUUGACAGCACUGAGCUAUAUGAUCCUGCUUCAAAGACAUUCACGACAGGCCCAUCAUUGAAUAACGCUCGCUACCUGCAUACAGCAACGUUACUUCCAUUAUCUGGAAAUGUGCUUGUUUGCGGAGGUGAAGAUACGGCUAAUGUUCUUGCAAGUUGUGAACUGUACUAUCGUUAA